AUGUAAUCCUGACAACACAAUGGGGAUUUAAUUAGUGCAAAUUAGCUUCACUCAAUCUGCCGAGUGUACGGAGGGUGGGUGGGCUGUGUGAUCCUCCGGUGAAGGCAUUCGCUCCCACCGUGGAGCCGAGGGGGGAAUGCAAACAGGGAUAACUGAGGAGAGGAUGUUUCCACCCACCCCCUCUCCAGCUCACAUGACUGCGAUUAGAGCAGAGGAGGAGUGUGGUGGGAGAGAUGGAGAACAAGGUGACAUUUUUCAGAUUUCGCCGCAGAGAUCACAUCCAAGGGCCUCACUUGCUUUUGAAUUCUGGCCGAGGGUCGUCCGCUCUCCUGGGUUGCAGGUAUGAGGACACUCCACUGGUGCAUGCUGGGAGUUGCCAUCCUGCUGCUGGGGAUCGAGGUCAUCAUGAGUCAGCUGUGCAAGUCCAUCAUCACCCUGGUGGACGCUUUCCACACGUUCUUUAUCCUCAUGCACAUGGUUCUUCAUCCUCAAACUGCUCCCUCCUCUGUGGACUCCCUGGCGUCUCCACAGGCCUCCUCCUCAGAAACACCUUCUCCCCCCCUGCCUGCAGAAUCAUCCACUGAAUCUCUACAUGGCGCCUGUGGGUCAUCCAAUGCCAGUGCUCAGCCUAACCAUGAAGCAGCUCCCCAGUUUAACUCCAAUCAACCCUGCUCGCCCACAAUCUCUCCUCCAGCUCUCGACUGCAGCGUCUCCUUCGCCGACAGCAGGUUCCAGCCUGUGGGGGAUUUCCUGUCCAGUCUCCUCCUGGCUUUACUGAGUAUCUCAUACUCACUGAAAAUCCUCAGUUUUACCAUUGAUCCACACCCAGCGCAGAACCUCCAGCUGGUUGUGGUGGUCGCAGCUCUCAGUCUGCUCUAUAAGAUCCUGGUGCUCAGUGUGAACUGGGUUAAACUGCAGGAGGAGCGGGCCGGAGCCACCAGGCACCCAGAGGCCGAAUCUCAAUUUGAAGUGAACCACAAAGUCUUGGCUGCAGAAGAAUCCAAAGGCCUGGCUGUGCCGGGGCGAGUCCUGGAUGAUGUUGUCAAAGUCCAGUCUGCUGCGGACGACUCGCUCUGCAAUGGGGCGCUUGUCCUCUGUAACCCAGGAGCCUCCAGCGUCCCUGAAGCAGACUCUCAAACCCCACAGCCAGAAGUCCACCUGCAUGCAGCAGCUCCACUGGACAGUGAGAGUGGUUCUGCAGAUCUGAAGGCUUGCAAGGUUGAGAGUCUUUCAAAAGACAUCACAGAGAUGUCUAAAGACAAUAACAGCGUGGGACAUCUUGAUGUUCCAGUCUGGAAGUCUUCACAUCCCAGUGAGAGCUCCGCACCGAGCAGCCAGCGGCCGCUCUGCCGGCUGUCGCCCCUCCUGGUCGUUCGGGGCCUUUUCUCUCCCCUCCUGGCUCUGAUCGACAGCGUGCUGGUGCUGCUGCUCACCCCACAGUGCCUGCACGGCUCCGGAGCCUGCGGCCUCCUGCCUUACCUGGAUCCUGUUCUCUCCCUGCUGGCUGUGGGCAUUCUGAUCGCCACAGCCAUGCCCCAGGUGCACAGGUACGGGCUGUUGCUGCUGCAGGCCCCACCUCCACACCUUUGUGUGUCUGAUCUUGGAGAAAGGAUUGCAGGCGUCCACGGAGUGCAGGCUGUGCACGACCUCCACGUCUGGCAGUUAAACGAAUCCUUCACAGUGGCCUCUGUCCACGUGCGGUGCCAUGCCGGGUUUCCAGCGCACAGGUGUGCUGAUCUGAUGUUGGCCGUCACCAAGGUGCUGCAGAGUGUGGGAGUGAGCUGCUGCACGGUGCAGCCUGAGUUUGCUUCAUGCUCUGCAGGAGGUGAAGGGAGCGCCCCCUCCCUGCCUCCGCCCCCUCCCUGCAGCCUGGCCUGUGGAAAGGCCUGUUCUAAGAACAUGUGCUGCUCUCUCCUGGAAGAGGAGACCAGCAGUGCGCUGGCGCCACCAGCUGGAGGAACGAAGGAAGAGCCUCAGACACUCGUCAUAGAGAACACCUUCAACUCGUAUUAGUUUCAACCUAAGAGAGAGUGAAAAAAAACCACUGCCAGCUAAUUCAAAAUGUUAAAAUGUAUGAUGUUGUUUUUAUUACAUUAACAUGGUGCUAAACCAAAGAUUUAUAUCAUAUCAAGUGAAAU